CUAAUAAUCAUCAAUAUUUUCUUCAUUAACUUACACAUUCACAGUAUCUCCAUUCCUAUCAUUUCCUAUUUCACAUCCUCUCUUUCUCAUAUUUACUUUAUAAAUAACAUACUCAAAAGAAUAUUGCAACCUACAAGCUCCUUCAAUAAUUUUCUUCAAGGUUUUUAAAUCUCAAAUUUAUAUUAUAUACCAUGAAUGUUGAUGAUACCUCCAACACAUGGUUUCAACUUGAUCUUGAUCUAGGUCUUGCCCUUCAUGAUCAUUUUGAUGACCAUAGGAAGAGAGAAAGCAAGAAGAAAAGAGUGGAGAAUCCAUCAAAAUGCAUUAAGGCUUAUCAAAUGCUUACAUUAGGACCAUCAAAGGAAGAGAGUGAAGAAAAUACUAAAAUUCAACAUUCAACAUCAAAGACUGAAUCUUGUGAUCAAAAUUUACCUACUCAAUUUACUUCUCCAAGCAUAGAGUCUUCAUUUUCAAAUUCCACUAGCAUCAAGAAGGAGAGUGGAGAGGAAUUUGAGGUAGAGAUAGAAAAGGUGCCAAUUACAAGGAUAGGAAAUUUUGAUAAAGAUUGUAACCCAAGGAAGAAACUUAGGCUCACAAAAGAACAAUCAGAAGUUUUGGAGGAAAACUUCAGAGAGCAUUCUACUCUUAAUCCGAAGCAAAAGCAAGCAUUAGCAAAUAAGCUGAAUCUGCAGGCUAGACAAGUAGAGGUGUGGUUUCAAAAUCGGAGAGCCAGAACAAAACUGAAACAAACGGAAUCUGAUUGUGAGGUACUGAAGAAGUGUUGCGAAUCUCUAACAGAGGAGAACAAGAAGUUGCAAAAGGAGCUACAAGAACUAAAGUCAAUGCAAACAGUGGCAGCUGCAUCCUUUUAUAUGAAGAUUCCAGCAGCAACACUUACCAUCUGCCCUUCAUGUGAGACAAUUUGUGGUGGCAACAACAAUGGCUCCUUACCCUCGACAACAUUGCUUAUUGGCUCAAAGACUCAUCAUCAUUUCCAUAAAAAUAAUAAAAAUGAUGAUAAUUAUCAAUUUCCCCAUUCAUCAUCUGCAGCAUGUUAAUUCGCAAGACUUGUUUGUUUGGUAUAUAUCCUAGGAAAACUUUUUGGUUUGAUGCAUUAUGUAUGAUAAUUUGCAGUAUGUAGUUAGUUAGCAAUACGAUCACAUGUAAUUAAAAAUAUAUAUUUGACAUAAAUCGGUUACCACCACAAAAAUCCAGUUUUCUAAAA